AUGUCAUCAGCUUCCACCGCAGAAAUAUCACAUGCCGACGAAGUCGUGCGAGCAGGAUAUGGAAAGAUAUUCGAGGGCCAUACAGUCUUCCUCACUGGAGGGACUGGGUGCUUAGGAGGUUGUCUCCUGUACAAGUUGGCUUUACAAUUGCCCACUCGCAAGAUCUUCGUCUUGGUUCGAGGGGACUCCUCGCAGGCAGUUGGAAAAUUGAGAGAAUCGAUGCCAAAUCAUGCACAGGCUAUUUUAGCCACAAGGAAAGUCGACUUUGUGAUUGGUGAUAUGAAAAUGGUCGAUUUUGGUAUUGAGCCCGAUGUCCUCGCGCAACUUCAAGAUCAAGUGACACUGGUCAUUCACGCAGCAGCCAAGAUCAAGCUUGAAGGUCCUAUUCGUGAUGCUCUAGAAAGCAAUUGCCUCCCUGCGUUAGAAAUGGCACGGAUCGCCUCUGGAUUCCGGCGACUGAAACUCCUCAUCCAGAUCUCUACGUCAUAUGUCAAUAGCCAUCUUCCCGAUGGUUCAGUUUUAGAGCGGAUUUAUCAAUUGGGAGGCGAAGAAGAUCCAGAAGAAGAGCUGGCAUCCAUUUUGACGCUGGGGACAUCACCACACGCGGGCAAAUUCUCGUCUACCUACACCCAAGCCAAGCAUCUUAUGGAGCGUCUGCUGCUCAACCGCUUCCCUCUUCUUCCGAUUCUACUAUUACGGCCAACAAUCUUCGGACCUGCGCUCAGACAUCCCUACCCGCUAUAUGGAUCGGAGGACUCCACGCCUCUCACCAAGUUUACUAGGCUUUGGUUCUCUGAUCGGGGUGCCACACAAGUUUGGCAUGCCACCGAAGGAUAUCAAACAGGCACCAACAUCCUGGACGAGAUCCCCGUGGACCUUGUAGCAAGUGCAUGUCUAUUGCACGCAGCAGCACGGACGACGGGCAUUGUCCAGGUUGGCUCCCAGCUUUAUCACCCGAUUACCUUUGAUGAUGUCUUUCGACUGGGCCUAGAAAAUGCCACGCCUGCAGUCCAGCGGGAGUUUCCAAAGAUCAUCUUCACCCAAGAUCGCAGCAGACCGCAGUGCUUUCUUGCUGAGUUGAUUCAAGUAGGAACUCGGAACUGGUUGUUUGAUUGUGGGAGAUCUUACUGGCUCAAACAGGUGAGUGGACCACUGAGCAUUCAGGUGUGUAAGCAUGAGGUAGAUGCUCUGAAUUUGACACGGACCCAUGAUGUCCUCGGGACUGGAAGGGAGAGAGCUCGGAUUUAA